AUGCCCAUGGUCACCGAGACCAACGUCUUCAACCUGUCCUCAUACUGCGAGGCGCAACAGAGUAGUUUCUUUAGCACCUACAGUUCGACCGAGCUCAUCACUUCCACCAUCACGGAUUACCAGGGCUUCGAUGACACUGGCGAUCAGACAGGUUCGGUAGUCUCACAGACUUACUCUACAAGAACCAUCACAUACACCGAGCGGCCGAAUGAUGCAUACGCGAAUGGUGGAGCCAAACCUCCAUGCUGCUCUACAUGUCGAAUCAGUGCUGGUACCAUCCAGUUCUAUUGGUGGCCGGACCUUGCGACUGCGACAGCAGGCAGCAUCACAGUCUCAAACAACGGCAGCGGUACUCCAGUGACGGCGGUUGCGCCGAAUGGCUUCACCUUUACUUCGCCCUCUGUAUACAUGGCCUUCAGCUCGCUCUAUGCACAAAAUCGUUGCUCGACCGUGGGAGACGUAUGGUACAACACAACCAUCGGCUUCCAUCCGAACGAGAUCACAACAGUCAACGCAUACGUCACGACGUUUACGAGCUACUCGUUGACCACGGAGGAUGGUACGACCGAGUCUGAAUUCAUUACCGCGGGUGGUUACAGGCCACCACCGUCUCCCCUCCAUUACAGCGAUCUGGCAAAGAACUGCUCGUCUGAGCCGGGAUACGUAUACUUCCCGGACGAUCCUCAAAACGACCUGGCCGGUUCCGUCGAGCAAGAUCCAUGUCAUCCUAUCUUGCAGCUCCCAGACUCUCUCAUCAGCAUGCGACCAGAAUGGGUCGACAAUCACUGCCGAGCGGCUGAGGGGUUCGGUGCAUAUGAUCCUCCUCAGGCAUCGACGGCGGCAGCGGCUGAAGUGAAGCCAACUUUGGCUCCAGCACAGCCUGGCAGCACCGGUACUUCCAACAGUGCUCCUGCUACCAGCACCUUCACGGCCCAGCCUGAUACGACGCCGACUAGCUCCGCUGACACAAGUUCCGCGGCACCACCGCCAGCAAGUACCCCUAGCAAUGGUGGGCAGUCGAGUUCUUCGAGCCCUGUUGCGUUGCCAUCCCCGGUCGUCGCGUCUUCGGAGAGCGCCUUAGAACCAGCGCAAAGUGAAUCAGCAACUCUACUCUCGCCGGCAAUUCAGUCAACAGCGAGUGAGCUGCAGACACCAUCUCGCACAGCCACUGAUGCGGUCAUGACCAGCAGCGGCGGACAACAGCUGCCAUCGCCCAACACUCCACAGGUUGAGUCGUCGCAGGCAGCCAUCAUCGCGCCAGGAAAUGUUGAUACAACCACGCAGAUCGUUGGGCAAGCACCGGCUUCGCAAAUCAUUCAGGAGACCACUUCGGUAAACGGACAGUUCAGCGUUGUUACUGAGGUUCAACAGCAGCCCACGCAGGCGGCAGAUGGGGCAGCUGUAGGUCCUGCGGUAGUGACCACUGUCCUCGAGCAAACCACGUUGGUAAACGGUCAAGCUACGGUAGUUUCGAGCAUCAUUCCUGCGCCGAACGGUGGUGCGUCUCAGCAAGGCACAACCCAAGUAGCGGUCGUCACAGUUGGAGGUCAGACAUUCACGGCUGAUGCAUCGUCCAACUUUGUCGUGAAUGACCAGACAAUAUCGGCGAACGGUGCGACAGUCACUAUCAACAACACUCCUGUGGCACUUCUUUCCGGUGGCCAGACAGCUGUUGUUGGCGGCAGCACAGUCUCCAUCGCGGUCACUCCAGCAGCGGACAACGCGGCGUCCAUCACCGUCGGCACCAACGUGUUGAAGGCAAACACAGAAGGAGGAUACGUCGUUUCACCUGACACCACACUCUCGAUCGGCGGCUCUUCUGUGACGGUCGACAACACCGCAUACGCUUUGAAGACCAACGAAGCAGGCGAGACAAUGCUGGUAGCUGGCGCCGCAGCGACAUCAACGAGUUCAGCCAACAUCGGACACUACAUUUUGAGCGCGAUCAACGGGCAGAACGAGACGUCUUCAAGUAGUAGUAGUAGUGCACAGCAGUCGCAUACCUCCUCGAAGACGACAAGCCCAUCAACCAGCGGCGGGAACAGGGCCACUUCUGCGAGCGCGAGUGUUGCAACACAGACAGCAGGCGCAGUCACGGUGCGAACAUCAUCAGCAUUGAUGCUCUGUCUGCUGGCAUUGCUAGCCAUGAUAUAA